UGCCCGCUGCGGACUUGCUGCCGCCCAGCCUGACCAUGGAGAUCCCUGUACCUAUCCAGCCAUCCUGGCUGCGCCGCCCAGCCCCCCUUGGAUUCCCCAGCCUGGGCACCCCUACCAGGCUCUUUGACCAGCGUUUUGGGGAGGGUCUACUGGAGGCCGAGCUGGCUGCCCUCUGCCCUCAGGCCCUGGCACCGUACUACCUUCGGGCACCUAGCGUGGCCCUUCGGGCUGAUCCUGGCCCUGGAGAGGCGACCCUGGCCAAGGGGCAGUUUUCGGUGUUACUGGAUGUGAAGCAUUUCUCUCCUGAGGAGAUCAAUGUCAAGGUGGUGGGGGAGCAUGUGGAAGUGCAUGCCCGCCAUGAGGAACGCCCGGACGAGCAUGGCUUCAUCUCUCGGGAGUUUCACCGACGCUAUCGCCUACCAGAGGGUGUGGACCCUGCAGCAGUGACCUCAGCCCUGUCCCCUGAGGGGAUCCUGUCUAUCCAGGCCUCAGCCACCACCCCUGGCACCCAGGCAGCUGAGCAUACAGUGCCCAUUGCCCAGGGGUCAGUGCCUGGGGCUAAGUAGGAGGGACAAUGGGGCUACCACACGCUGACCCUGCUCCCCCAUAUUCCGAGCUCUAACCACCCAUCCCUGGCGUCACCCCCAUCCAAACACUAGCCCUUCUUGCCCACAGAUGGGUACAACCUCUGCCCUUCUAAUACCCCACGAUGGGGCUUCCCUUCUUCCCGUCUCACUCCCAGCCUUCUCCUUUUGUCCUCCCCAGUAACAUAGCCCACCUCCUGUGCCCCAGGCUCUGGAGAGGCCCUGCGUCCAGGACCCAAUAAAUGCACUGGCCUCUGCCC